AUGGUCUGCUCCUCGUACUUGAGAACAACUUCCUCCUACCCAAAAAUUCUCCCACAUUGAUUUUUUUGAAAUUCGACGCUUCGUCUCGUUGUUCAGACAUUUUGAAGUGCCCACGCCUUCGUUUGCUGUUUGUCAUCCGUCCAGAACAAAUCUCGGACAAGGCCCAGGAUUUGCAUUUCUAUGUCGAGUUUCUUGGUCUUCAUACUUGAUUUUUGGACUGUCAAGAAUUUAAUAAAAUGGAAUGCAACGACUCGAGAUUAUUCGAUACAAACAACAAUUUGACAUAUUUUGUGAUAGAGCAAUUUUAUCGAUUUAGAUACCUAUACUCUAACGUUCAUCCUUUCUUGUCAUUCAUCCUAUGUGUUCUUGGAUUAGCUGCCAAUGCCAUACACAUCACUGUCCUCACAAGACCACGAAUGCGCCACUCAUCUGUUCAUACCGUUUUAGUGUGCAUUGCAAUUUCUGAUAUGGGAACAAUGACCUCCUAUUUGAUGUACAUAAGUCGAUUUGAAUUUCUAUCGGACAAAGAAGGAUACUCAUAUUUUUGGGCAUUGUUUCUAAAGUGUCAUGCAAUGUUAUCUAUUGCACUACACGCUAUCACUCUGUAUUUGGUAGUUUUGAUGGCAUUCAUUAGAUUAUCAGCAAUGAAACUGACUACAUCUAGAUGGUUGGAUCAUACGAGAGCUUUAACAAGUGCAAUAUUUAUAGCUCUCUUCGUUUUUAUAAUGUGUGUACCUACGUUAUUGGCACACCAAAUUGAUGAAACCACUAGAGGUGUGACUAUGAAUGGAAUGUAUUAUAAAUAUAGCGUCGGAUUUUCUACAUUGAUGAUGCAGAAUGGAUGUUCCUUAAUGAAAGGCAACCUGUGGCUGACUGGAAUUUUUUUGAAGGCUAUACCAUGUCUUCUCCUGCUAACAUUCACCAUUGCUCUAAUCAACCGUCUUCGUGAAAACAACGAAAAACGAAAGAUAUUGAUAAAAGAGGAACGCGCCAAAAAGCGCGGAGACUUCACCACCUACAUGCUUCUUCUCAUGGUUACUGUCUUUUUGUUCACAGAAUUACCACAGGGGAUCAUGGCAAUUUUGAACGCUCUGUUCACUACUCAAUUCCACCAGAUGGUCUACUUGAACCUGGCCGACGUUUUAGACCUCCUGUCGUUAAUCAAUUGCUACGUGGCAUUUUUGGUGUACAGUUUCACAUCAUCCAGAUACCGACAGACGCUGUUCAGCUUGUUACCAUUGACAAAAAUUUCCUAUUCCGGAAUCUCCACCCGUCAAGGAACCUUGAAAUCUCAUCAACACCCUGGAGCAAAAACGUUGGUGCAGCGAGCCAACUCAGUUGAGGUGGCUUCUGCUCGAUCACCGCUGGUCGACAAAGCAGCAAUAACACGGCCGAAUUCCGCACAGCCCACAGAUUUUUAAUUGUCUCCUACAUUUAAUUAACAAUCUUCCAAGUUUAAAUUUCAAAUCGCAUCAAUAAUUCUGCCUUAGCCAAAAAUAAGAAUUUACUUACCAACAAAAAGAACGGGCAGCAUGUUUUGUAUUUUUGUUUUUAAUCGAUUUGCCAAUGAAAGUUUGGUUUUUUGCUUUCGACUAUUUUUUGAAUGAACAUCGUUAUGUAUA